UGAAAUCUCCUCCACUCUGGAUUUGUCACUUCAGGCUCACGCGUGGUUUCAUAUCCCAGAGAUGCAGAUGCGCAGUGAGGAGGCACCAGCCUGCGGAUAAUCACAGUUUGGACUUUUUGGCUCCCCGUGCGGCUCCCGGUUCUCCCUCAUGCAGCUCCUCCGGCUGGUCUGGGCUCUGACUGCUGCUGCGGUCUGCUUCCUGCUCCUCCUGCUCAUCCACAACCAGAUCCUGAGAGAAGGACACCUGGCAGCGGGGACCUGUGAGAUUGUUACUCUGGACCGGGAUAGCAGCCAGCCGAGAAGGACCAUCGCCCGACAGACGGCCCGCUGCGCCUGCAGGAAGGGACAGAUCGCUGGGACGACACGAGCCAGACCGGCCUGUGUUGACGUUCGUAUCGUCUGGAGUCGACAGUGGUGUGAGAUGACUCCGUGUUUGGACGACGAAGGCUGUGAUCUCCUGGUCUAUCAGUCGGGCUGGACCUGCACGCAACCAGGAGGCCGAGUCAAGACCACCACGGUCUCCUGACAGCGGCGGCAAUGACUGAUGCUCCCUAGAGAAAGACUGGUUUCCAUUUUCCAUCGCCCAUCAUCGCCACGCGGAGCAUUCGCCGCAGCUACAGAUGACCAACCAUAAGCCGCCAUCACAGCCGCGAGGCGUUGGCACUUCCUGUUUCAUGCUUGGGUGACCAGUGCAGUUGUUUUCUGGGAAGAAAGUGACUCUGUUUAUUUUCCCGGAGAUUUGAAAAAGCGGAUUAUGACAAGCUGCUGGAUCGAUUUCUUUUGGCACAAAACUCUGUUUCGUUUUUACAGACCAAAGAUGAACAGAGCCAACAAUGACACGUUUUUAGAGGGACGGAGACUUUCAGAAGCCCCCCUCCCCACACACAUACCACCAUAUCCAUGUAAAGAAAUGAUGUGUUCAUUUUCAUAUUAUUAUAAAGUAAGUGACUUAAUGGAGCAAAGUAAAAUUGUAAAUGAGUUAUUGAUAAAACAUGUAUCUAUAUGAGGAGAGAUGUGCUGAACACCAGUUAGGUGGAGAAAGUGAGAAAACAUUUCUAUGAUUACAAAAAACUUUGUGCACUUUUAGCAGACACCUGAAGAUUAGAGGAGACUGUCAGUCAACCAGGGCAGGAAGAACAUCCAACAUAGUAACCAGAUUGUACUUUUAUAGAAAACCUACAUAAAUCAAAUGUUCACACAGUUACACAUUCAACACAGACACCAAAUUGGCAUCAGAGAAUAAAAUUUAUUAUAACACUAUUUUAUUUUAAACCUCUUUGGCUCCAUUUUGAUGUUAUUUUAAACACGAAAAUUGUUUGGUUUUGCAUAGUUCACUAAGGAUGCUUUCAUACUAACAGUCAGUUUUAAUUAUACUGUUAUACUGGUUAGCUGAAAGCAGAACAACAGAUGAGUGAACCACUGAAUUAAACAGCCACAAUAUGAGACAUCAUCCUGAUGACUGAAUUUAUAAAUAUAAAUAACAGAUAUGUUUAUUUGUGCUAGCAGCAUGGCUUCAGUAAUGCUGGCCUGUCAGUCGGUCCACCACUUUGGUACGGAUGAAGUUUGGUACAGAUAUUCAUGGUGCCCUGAGAAUGAAUCUGAUGGACUCACUUUCCAUCUAGUGCUACCAUGAGGUUGACAUUAAUGUUCUCAUCGGGAUGAUCUGCGAUAACUUUGGUGAUCACUUAACUUUUCAUUAUCAUCAUUAUCAGGUCCAAUACAAGGUAAACUAUGUACUUGCUGUAUGGAUUUAUACUCUUUGUGUCGUUGGUAAUUCAAUGAUUUAUGCCACCUCUGAUGAGUUGAUAUAAUUAUCAGCAUGCUGUUGCAAUACGGCGCCUCCCAGUGAACAGACCACAUUCACACUACAUGCAACUUUAAAAUACUCUCCAUGAUGUUUGGAAUCAGUGUGCAAAGUUUCCACUUUCUAUCAUAAAAACUGCAGAAUGCUAAAUGAUUUCUGGAUCUUCUCCACCAGACAUUAAAUCAGAUUUUACAUUAUUCAGUGCCAUGUUUGGACAACAAGCGGUCAUGGCGUGGUAGGUUUUAAUGAAACAACAAGUGAACCGUUUCACACUAGAGGCCGAGCUGUCAUGUCUGUUUGGGGGGAAAGAAGCAUUAAAUGUAUUUUCAAAAGCCUAAAGUUCUAUAUUUAACAAUUUUAUAUGUUGUAUCUUUGUAGAAAACUUUAUUUAACACUCAUUUUGCUUCUCAUAAACUGGAUUGACAGCCAGCUACAGAACUUCGUUGCUGUUCAAAGCCACGCUUACAGUUUUUGACAGAGGUCUGUUCCUCAGCAGAAAUGGAGGAAGAGCUUUAAUGCCACUUUCUGAUAAAUGUCCCUCAAAGCAUUUAUAAGUUGUAACUAAUGCUUUAUCAAUUGUUAACAAAUAAACUAUUAAUGCUUUAUGGAUGUCAGGUGAAAGGAGGAUACACCAGACAAGAAUAAGGAUUUUUUUAAAACUGUAAAGUAUUAGUAAAUAAUUAAUUAACAUCAGUUAAGAUUAGAUACAACUUAUACCUGUUUUAUGAGAAAGUGGAAUUGAGUUUUCCUUCAGUUAUUGUGGGUGCAACAAAUCCCAAAAUCUGUCUGUAGGUCAUUGCCUUAUUCAUCUCGGUCUCCAUCAAGCGGAGGAGAUUAACUCACCGCCUCUGUUUUGAUGCUCUACCAUUAUUAACCAUAUUUUUCAUUAAACAGAAAACACAAGUUCA